GUUGCCAGCACAUUCUACUCCACUGUCAGCGCUGUCACAUCGCGUGCUGAAGCAGACGCCGCGUUCCUUGAAAAUGAAGCAGCCCAGCGCGCCAUGGAGGGUAUGGAAGCAAACGUGGACACUGCAUCUGCUGUACUCAGCGACUUCCGGGAAAUCCGAAGAGACUUUUCAUCAGAUGAGUUCACUGAAGGCAUCCGCAACCAGCUGCAGGGUCUAGAAGUGGGACAGGACCGAGAGUUUCGCGGAUUGUCGCGGGAACAGCGCCGCAAAGUUCACCUGCUUGCCGGGGAACUUGGCAUGCUAUCGCAGUCCUUUUCUCUGAAUUCAAGUCAGCGGAUUGUAGUGGUCACAAAUCCGCCCUCGAUAUGUGAGUCACGAGGAAGACAAACCGUCGAAAUGGAUGUGAAGCAGUUGGUUGCCCAGAUUGGCGAAGAAGUCAAAGAAAUUCAAGGUACAUUGCAGCAGAGUCAGUGGCAGGUGGUCUCGACAGCGGGAGUGCUAGUACUGGGAAGCGUGUUAUCCCCUUGGCUUCUUGGUAAAGUUGGAGCUGAGCUUUUUCUGCCGUUGGCCACUGGCACUGUUGGGCUAGCAACGGCUUGGCAGGAAACAGCUGGCAAAGGGGCAGUUGCGGUUGCAAAACGGCAGAGUGCUUUCCUUCUCACCAAAGAAGCUCGAGCAGAGACUUUCCUUGGCCGUGGCCACCUUUCAUAUGCCGUAUUUCCAACCGAUGUGGCUCUUGCGACACUGGCGACAGUUGCCACUGGACUCUCGGGCAUCCUGAAACUAUCGGAAUUCUGGAAGUCGCUUGCGAUGCUGAUGGUUAUCCCAGCAUACACAGCCUGCUCUGUGGCCAUGAUAAGGAGGCGCAAGGUUGAAAGGUUUGUUGCUGCUGCAAUGAGAUGCGUGGAUGCCACACCUAUGCCAGCUCCAAAGAGAUUUUGGAAGGAGAAUUGUUGGAUGCUUCCACUGGCACUUGCUCUGGUCUUCCCUUCUAAUUUGCAUGGGCGAGCAACGGUAGCCUGUGCGACUUUUGCUGCUGAAAUUGCCGUUGCUAUGGCAGAGAGUUCGCUGCAGUUGGCAAAUGCCACAGGCAGUGUUGCCAGAGCGGGCUGCGUCGUGGCCACAGCUGAUGCUUGGUCACAGUUGGCUCAGCUUUCUACAAGGGCUUUGCCAUACCGUACGGCUCUUGCAGUGGUGAGCACCUUGAUCGCCACAGCACUGGUAGAGUAUUCGCUGCCUUUGUGUGCAUUAUUCCCAGCUUUCGGAGCAGCAGUCUUUACGCGCUCCUUCGAGGUGAACAGGCAGUCCCAGAAGGCUUCUGCGCAGCUGGCAGAGGAGUUCAUGGACAUGCAGGUUCUGAGGAAGGUGGAACCAUGGCCUCUGCUGAGUUCUGCAGCAGAUCUCAUUGAAUCCGAGCCACCACAACAAUUCCCAAAGUUGAAACAAGUGAAGGAGAGCGGCACUCGCCUAGCCUGGCUGUCUCCCAUCAACUUGUUCAGAAGAGCGAGCCGCGGAUUUGCGAGGCUGAAGACAUUCUUUGAGGAUGACAGUCCUGCAGAAGCGUACAAACCUCCAGCUUCAAGCCAGGCUGUAAAGAGUGUGCAGGCAGACCUCAAUGAAAUACGCUCAUUGACAAGGUAUACCAGAAGCUCCUGGUUUCGCACAUUCUCAGUUGUAGGGUCUCUGACUCUGGCAUGCGUGCUACAGCCUUGGUUUCUUUUUUCCAGCAGCGAGGUGCUCCUCCCAGUUGCUGGAGCUGUGCUGACAAUUUUCGUGGCUGCAUCUGAGAGCGACGCUCGACGGGCUGCAACUGCUUCCAAGGUCAGGGCUGCAAAUCUGAAAUCGAUCACCAGCACCAUGGAGGAGUUCGUUGCUUCUGGUAUGCAAUUCCGAUCCUUCCUCCUUGCCUUUGCCGGGGUUACUGCCGUUGGUUGUGUACUCUCCUUGAUCCCAAUCACGCCGUUAUUGUGGAUUUCAUCAAGGACCGGAUGGGUGGAGCCUGCCCAGAAUUUCUGGAGUUUUUUACUUGUGGUUUUCCACUGCGUUUCUGCGGGUGCAAGUGUAUUGCCGUUUCAGGCAGUGCGAAUGUGGACGUCAAAGGUGAAGUCGGAGAUGCCAGCCUCAAGGGCUGAUAUCAAGCUACAACCUCUUCGGCCUGGUACUGUUUCGGAGGGACCACUGCCGAAAGGUUCUCGUUGGAGUGACCUGUGGAGCCAAAGUCGAUGGAGCUUGAUGCUUCCUCUGCUUGCAGCCCUCCCUGGUGUGCUGCUUGGGCUUUUCCCUUCGAGCAGGCCAUUUGAGCACAGGGCUGUUGCAUCAACCGCUGGAAGCAGCUUCGUUGUGGCAGGGAUGCUAUUCUUGGCAGAGCGUGCUCUUUUUCGUGCGGAAUUGCUUAUUGCAAGCCGCCGACUCGCCUUUGCGCUUACGGACACAUUGGCCAAUGAGGCUGAGCAGCAAAGUGCUUUGUUGCCCGUAGCUACUGCAGCGACGAUUGCAGUCUCUGCAGCUGUUACGUUUGGGGUCGAACUGAACCCUUUCUUUGCUUCGGCACUGGCACUGGUACAGGCAGUGACCUGGAUCUUGGCUUCAAGAAAAGCACUGCAAGCGAGAUACGGAAGUGAUGCUGCUAUCCAGGCUGCCACUGUGACGGAAAACCGCAUGGUUCGUCCUGGAAGGCCUCUGCAGGACCAGCCUUCUCGGCGUCUUGGACAAUGGCGAAGCUUUGUGAAUGUUUUCAGUCGCUAAUAUCUUGGAAGCAGUAAAAAAAAGCAAACGACUAAUCCAAAUGGACGCACCUAGAAACAUAUCGAUGCAGGUAUCUCCAGUGUAAGGUUGGCAGCCUCGACUGAAACAAGCCUGAAAUAAGCUUGCAUUUCCUAGAAUCGUCCAUCCAGGCAAAGACUUUAAUCACUCAGUUCUCUUUGCUGCUUUGACAGAUCAGACUAACUCACCUCGACUCACCUUGGGACCUCUGAGUCUCCUUCAAACAAAAGCUCAGUUUCGAUCCUUUCUCCAUUGGUACUAG